CUGGGUGCUGAAUGUAACAAUCUGGCCCUGAGUCAUUCUCGGUGAGUCCCUGCUGUGGAAAGGCAGCGCUGACUCACACCGUGAACAUGCCCAACCGGGUGGCCGUGGUGACCGGAUCCAACAAAGGGAUCGGCCUGGAGGUGGUGAAGGCUCUGUGCCGACGGUUUGACGGGGACGUGUACCUGACCUCCCGGGAUGUGGAGCGGGGGCAACAGGCGCUCCACAAACUGCAGCAGGAGCAGCUGAAGCCGCUUUACCACCAGUUGGACAUCACCGAUCGGGAGAGCAUCGGAAAGCUGCGGACCUUCAUGACCCAGAAGUACGGAGGCAUCGAUGUCCUGAUCAACAACGCCGGCAUCGCCUUUAAAAUGGCAGAUACCACUCCGUUUAAAACCCAAGCCGAGGUGACGAUAGCCACCAAUUUCUACGGGACCAAGGACGUGUCCACCGAGCUCCUCCCCAUCAUCAAACCCCAAGGGAGAGUGGUGAAUGUGUCCAGUGUAGCCAGCUCCAUGGCUUUGCAAAAAUGCAGCCAAGAGCUCCAAAAGAAAUUCCGCAGUUCCACCAUCACCGAGGAAGAACUGGUGGAGUUGAUGAAGAAAUUUGUUGAAGAUGCUAAACAAGGGGUCCACAGUGAACAGGGGUGGCCAUCCUCUGCCUAUGGGGUUUCAAAGAUCGGUGUUACGGUCCUUUCCAGGAUCCAUGCCCGAAAACUGACGAAAGAGAGACCAGGAGAUGGGAUCCUGUUGAAUGCCUGUUGUCCAGGUUGGGUAAAAACCGACAUGGCAGGUCCUAAUGCACCUGGAACAGCAGAAGAAGGGGCAGUGACCCCAGUUUAUUUAGCUCUGCUCCCAGCAGGGGCAGAAGCUCCACAUGGAGAGUUUGUAAGCAAUAAAACAGUUCAGGAAUGGUAAACCUUUAGAUUUUGGGGAACAGGAUGGCAAAGACACUGAAGGGCAGAAGAAACAAAAAAAUUAUCCUUUUUAUGCUAACACAGAAACUGACAAUCACUGGGUUAUAAUUUAGUUCAGCAAAUCUUUCUUUGUUUCCAAUGGCUAACUUUUGUGUAAUAAAUUUUCCUCAAUCACUAUCAUUAAAAUCAAUAAUUUUG